UAUUGCCCGGUUGAAGGAAAAUCAUAUGUCGCUAUGCUGACAAUGAAUAGACGCCACUGCGUAAUUUACAUUCGGCGUAUACCCUAUACCGUAUGUAAAUGCUGUACAAUUGUACAUACACGCUGCGUAAUAGUAUAAAUACACGAAUCCUGUGUGCGGUCACUCUGAUGAAAAUGGAUUCUGGUUGAUCGCUGUGCAUCUUGAUUAAUGAUUGGUAACAUCAUACUUUGUUUUCGUCGCCGGAAUCUCCGGGAAUUUUUGUCAUGUGCUCGGUAUACAGACUACCGGCAUUUAUUCUCCUUCAGUGAUAAUUACUGAAUCUGCUUGUGCCGCGUGAAUGAAAUGCAACUGUUUUCAAACUUAAACACACGCGCUGCAGGAAUUGCUCUACAUCCAUAUAUUGUGCCGUUUUUCCGGAAGAAUCAUCCAGGUGAAAAUUCAUCUCCAUGUCAUUUUAUGGUAAUUUCUUCAGCAGCUUAACGGGGCGAGUGAGCGGACAUCGGCACGAUAAGUCAAAGUCCCUUUCCAUGCCGUUUGAACAGGGAAUUGAAGUGGCAUAUAAACACGUUUAAGGAUGGAAAAUAGCGACGAUGGGAUUAUUGAGUGUGGUGUAUUGAGAAGCAUAAAUGCUUCUUAACAGCCAACAUCAAGGGCCAGCGCCGACGUGUGCUUUUGUAUCAUCGUGUGAAGAUGAAUGUUUUUUGGCUGCAUGUUUUACCGGUACUUUAUCUUCUGGACGUUCCUUACGCUUUUUCCAAGACACCGAGUGCACGAAAUGGUACAACACGGUUACAAUGCUCAAAAUACCACAAACGCCGGUUAAUGGUCCAUACCACGUCGGGUCCAGUGGAAGGAACAACUGCCUGUAUAUCAAAGAAUGAGCGAGUCAUGGCUUUCCUGGGUAUACCAUAUGCGGAGCCGCCUCUCAAUAAUCUUCGAUUCCGGCCACCAGUGAAGAAAGCACACUGGAACAGUACCCUAGAGGCUUUCCGCUUUGGACCAGUUUGUCUCCAGCCAGGAGAAAUGCCGAGUAUUUGUGAACGGAUGUGGACUUCGCCACCAUAUGCGCUCUUCAAUCAAAGCGAGGACUGUUUAACCCUAAAUAUUUUCACACCCAACCUGACAGGUUCUAAUCCGGUGAUGUUUUUUAUACACGGCGGCUCGUACAUUGUGGGUGCCGGAGGACUGCAUCCGGGCGAACGACUAUCCUACAUGGGAACAGUGGUUGUAACUUUCAAUUACCGGCUGGGAGUUUUUGGUUUUUUGAGUACGGCUGAUUCGGCAGCCCCGGGAAAUUACGGUCUGAUGGAUCAGGUCAUGGCACUGGAAUGGGUCCAUGAAAACAUUGCUCUAUUCGGUGGAAAUCCCAGAAAUAUUACGAUAUUUGGCCAAUCGGCCGGCGCGGCGGCGGUUCAUCUGCAUCUCUUAUCCAACAAAACCAAAGAUAUGUUCACCACAGCCAUUAUGCACAGCGGUGUCGGACUAGCGCCAUGGGCGAUCCAGCGGAUGCCGAGUUCUAACGCACGUGUCUUGGCGGAAGCAGUUGGCUGUCCUAUUUCGCCCUCAUCCGUUAUGGUUUCCUGUUUAAGGAAUAAGAAUGAAUCGGAGAUACUGGGCUUUACAGAUCUCGGGCAAUUAUUCAGUAUCCCGUGGGCGCCGGUUGUGGAUCGCGAUUGGAUUAUGGAGGAACCGGAAAUUCUCCUACAGAAAGGUCACAUUCAGAACAAAUCGGUGAUUAUCGGCGUAACGGAUGACGAGGCCACAAUUGUUCUGUAUAACUUACCCAGCGUGCAGGCGCGCAAUCGCACAUUCAACAUGACCAAACAGUUCGUCAUCGACAAGGUCAUACCCCGGCUGGUAGAGGAAGCAGGCUACAAGAAUCCACGCGAAAUUGAGGCAGCUCUCAAAUUUUAUUAUAUUGACACAGCGCGAGAAGAAUCAGUCGGCACAAUGAGACAAAAUUACGCGCAAAUGCUUACUGAUGCUAUUUUCACAUCCGGCGUCCUGCGAUCGAUCAAAUACCAUUCCCAAAUUGGGAUACCCACGUACUUUUUUGUUUUCGACUACCACAGUCAAAACGACAGUCUGCCGGCAUGGACCGGCGCUUACCAUGGAGUGGAUCUCAAGUACCUCUUCGGGUGUCCCUUCAUCCAGGGCAGCAGUGAACUGCAGGAAGAACUCGAUAAGGUCAUUAGUGAUUUAAUGAUGAAGCUGUGGAUCAAUUUCGCACAGAAUGGAGAUCCCAUAAACUCGAAUGAUUUUACGCAGAAAAUUGGAUGGUCUCCCUACCGUCACGAUACUGGUCAGUAUUACCUCAACAUCAGUGCGUCACUGCCCCGACGACAACAAUAUUACCGACACGAACAUGUGGUAUUCUGGAACAGCUACAUGCCCAUUGUAGCCAGUCUAGGCACGGAGAAGUCCGACGCGGUGGCCACUAGCUCCUCUUCAAACUCCUUGCAAUACUACAUGACAAUGAUGUGGUUAGCGGCGGCCAUUGCGAUUUUAUUAUUUCUUAUCAUUGUUAUCCUUGUUGUAAAGUUUGUGUACCUGCGAAAGGGCAAACAUGCCGACUAUACUGUUAAAGGAACCAAACAUGCCGGUGACCAUCAGAAUGGGCCACAUUCUGAUGCCAGUACGAGUGGUCGAAGUGCCUCCAGAUAUCUUGAUGUUCCACAAAGAGUGUAAAUGCACCGAAAAAAUAAAUGUACAAUUGACCUUGGCGGAGUACCUGACAGUGGAUGGCUGAAUAACUUUCAACUCUGUUAAUUUCGUAACC